AUUUGUAACACGGUACUUAAAAACAAUAACAUUGGAUAUUGAGGCGUACACGAUAAACCUAGGCGGGAUUUUUACGGGGACUUGAAAUGGCGGCAUCCAAGGGUGCCAACACCUAUAACCGUCAGAACUGGGAGGACUCGUCAUUCCCAAUUCUAUGUGAGACAUGCUUAGGACCAAGUCCAUUUGUUCGAAUGAUGAAAGAAAAAUAUGGCAAAGAGUGCAAAAUUUGUGAUCGCCCUUUCACCGUAUUUCGUUGGUGUCCUGGUCCGAAAGCCAGAUUCAAAAAGACCGAAGUUUGUCAGAGUUGUGCAAAAAUUAAAAAUGUUUGCCAGACCUGUUUGUUCGACCUCGAAUAUGGCCUUCCUGUUGAGGUUCGUGAUAAGGCACUUCGUUUAUCACAGCAACUACCGAAAAAUGAUGUUAAUCGCGAAUAUUUCCACCAACAAAUUGAACAGAACCUGGAAGUGGAAGGUGAUAUAACUGCUCCAUAUGGAGGGAAUCAGCUAAUUGGAAAAGCUAUUUCAAACACAGCGUCAGCAAGCAGUUCUAGCGGUGGUGGGGGCACAGAUUUACUUCUAAAGCUGGCUCGUACUGCACCAUAUUAUCGUAGAAAUCGCCCACAUAUAUGCUCCUUUUGGGUGAAGGGUGAAUGUAGAAGAGGAGAAGAAUGUCCAUAUAGACAUGAAAAGCCUACGGAUCCUGAUGAUCCUCUUUCUGACCAGAAUCUAAGAGACCGUUACUAUGGACACGAUGAUCCAGUGGCAGCCAAAUUGCUUUCGAAAUAUGAUACUAUGCCUAAACUUAUUCCUCCGGAGGAUCGUACAAUAACUACACUAUACAUUGGUGGUAUUCCAGAUGGAAUGACUGAAAAAGAUCUGCGCAAUCAUUUUUACCAGUUUGGAGAGCUACGUUCCGUCAAUCUUCAUGCGAAACAACAUUGUGCUUUUAUACAGUUUGCAACAAGAGGUGCUGCUGAACGUGCAGCUGAACGGACCUAUGACCGAUUAAUUUUGGGUGGUCAUAGACUAACUGUCAAUUGGGGGAAAUCACCAGCUGCCUUAGCAGCUGCCAAUUCUCACUCAUUGACAGAAGCUGGUGAUAUAAGUCUACCCCCUGUUCCUGGUCUGCCGUUACCGCCUGUUUUGCCGCCAACCAACUUACUAAGUAAAGCAAUGUCUGUAGGACUAAGCGGGAAUUUCUUUAUGACCCCUCCACCACCACCACCACCUCCGCCACCGCCUCCUACUACCAAACCGCUAAUAGGUUCCAGUUCCGACCACGUAUCUAGUAGCAGAAUGCCGCUUAUUCCACCUCCGGUUCAACUUGCACCGCCAGUUGUUGAACCACCACCUCCUGGAGAAUUGUUUUUACGAGGUCCACCACCUCCACCUUUACCUCAUUUCACUGUUCGUCCUACAAGCUUAUUACGAAACCCUCUACCACCAGCGCCACCCGCUCUACGUGAUUCGAACUCAUCGUCUUUGUUGCCUAUGCCUCCCCCUCCACCACCGCCGCCCCCACCUCCUCCUCUUAAGUCUCAAUCCAAUGCAACAACGACUUCAACACCGAAUGGAUCAAAGUCUGGCAAAAAUACACCAGCCGAUGAUGAUGCGUUAGGUAUUCAUUAUCCAAGCCAAAAUCCUCAACGUAUGGGUAGUGUGCCACAUACUGAACAGCAUGAUUAAAAUGUUGUAUACUCAUAUCUGAAUAAAAAUUAUCUGUCCUCUG